UUGUACUAGCUUCUUCUUCCACUGACCACUGUAGAGCAUUUAGAGCAACACACAAGCACGCACGUCCACAAACAGGGACAGAAGAACCUUUCGGCGAGGGUGCGUAGUAUGUCAAGGGUGAUGGAGAUCGCGUCGUCCCAGGAGGGCCACGAGGAGAGCGACAACGAGCGGCUGGACCAGCUGAUUCACAUCAUGGAUCCAACGGCCGGGAGCCUGUCCCUCCCCAGUGAGACUUUUUUGAGCGCGGCAGUGUCGCUGAAGGACCAGGUGGUGCAAGCGACGUGGAGGGGACAAGCGGGUAUGGACCCGGCUGUUUAUACGGGUCUGCUCGGGACAGCUUUCAUCUGCUUGCGGUCGUACGAGGCCACCGGUAGCCAGCAGGACUUGCUGUUGUCGGCCGAGAUCGUCGACACGUGUGCUGUCGUCGCACGUGCCUCCACCAGGCACGUGACCUUUUUGUGUGGACGAGGUGGAGUUUACGCACUUGGGGCUGUGGUGGCUAAUUACAGAGGGGACCAUCAGAGGCGAGACUUGUUCUUGAGUCUCUUUCUUGAGCUGGCACAAGAGAGAGCUCUCCCUGUUGGACCUGAGGAGGGUGGUUUUGGAAUGUCAUAUGAUCUUCUCUAUGGGCGAGCUGGCUUUUUAUGGGCUGCAUUGUUCAUAAACAAGCAUCUUGGACAGGAAACAUUGCCCAGUGAUCUUCUUAUGCCUGUCGUUGAUGCUGUACUAGCCGGGGGCAGGGCAGGGGCAUCUGAUAACUCAGCCUGCCCACUGAUGUACAGAUGGCAUGGAACUAGGUACUGGGGCGCAGCCAACGGCCUAGCUGGAAUCUUGCAAGUGCUGCUCCACUUCCCUCUCUCCAAAGAGGAUGCCGAUGAUGUCAAGGGGACUUUGAGGUAUAUGAUGAGUAAUAGGUUUCCUCAUAGUGGAAAUUACCCCACAAGCGAAGGAAACCCUAGGGACAAGUUGGUGCAAUGGUCUCAUGGUGCGACUGGCGUGGCCCUUACUCUGUGCAAGGCAUCAAAGGUGUUUCCAGGUGAUAGAGAAUUCCGGGACGCUGCAAUAGAAGCGGGGGAAGUUGUGUGGAAAAAUGGGCUGGUGAAGAAGGUGGGACUUGCAGAUGGUGUGGCCGGGAAUGCUUACGCCUUCUUAUCCCUCUAUCGACUGACAGGAGAGGCCAUAUAUGAAGAGAGAGCAAAGGCAUUUGCAAGCUUCUUGUAUCAUCAUGCUAGAGAGCUUGUGACAGUGGGACAUGCUCCCGGGGCUGACCAUGCUUACUCUCUUUUCCAAGGACUCGCCGGAACCGCUUGUCUCUGGUUUGAUCUGCUAGCACCUGAAAACUCUAGGUUCCCAGGAUAUGAACUGUAGGUCAAAAUGUGCAAAUUAAGCUAAUAUAUCCUUAUGAGUUUGAAAUGUAGCGUUAACAUGUACAUACGUGUCCAAGGAUUCUAGGACCUUGUCCUGCGAUUAUGAGUGUAUAAUAUUGUAUACUAUCUUAAUAUAUGAGGAUGGUACUGUUUCAUCA